UCUCUCCGUCCCCAAACCCUAGCCCCCAAAUCCCCUCGCUCCCUCUCUCUCUCACUUAGAGUUUGUUCAUGCCCGAGCUGCUCGCCAUGGUGGCUGUCGUCGUCACGGCCACUGGGUUCCCCGGUGCCUGAUAAUACAUGGAGGGGCUCCUGCAUCGUCGUCUCCUUCGCCCUCGACUAAGGUCUCGAGCUAGGAGGGCCCCGUGCGCCGCCAUCGACUGUCUUCUCCGCGCACGGCCGUCGCCAUUUGCCGUCGAUUGCCUCGGCCACGGACCACCCCGCGCCUCCCCGAGCUCUUCAUACGCCUCUUGUUUUGCAAGGAUACCCUGACCGCGCGUGUGCCUCGUGCGCCGCCGCCGUCAAACGCCAGGCGUCUCUGAUUUCCGUUGAGUUGAUCCCGACGUCCACCGGCAGGAAGCCCAUACAGUGGCGACUACAAAUGAACAACUAGCAGGUAAUACCACUUGCAAUCAAAGACACGAGGGCACCAAAAGUUUGAGCAGUAUGGAUCCUAUGAAUAAUGUUCAAAUGCAUACGAGCCAGGGAGGAUUUAGUACGCCCAAAAAGAACACAAACAUACCUCUCUUCUCUUCGUCUUUUAUACCUGAAUGUGAUGAGCAUCUGAAGCCUAAAGUGGGUAUGACAUUUGAAGGACUCGGCUGUGGAGAAGUUCUACAAGGAAUAUGCGCAUCAAUCAGGUUUUGGUGUUCGCAUUGGACAACAAAAAAAGAUUGAUAAUAAGGUGGUCCGUACUAAGCGUUUCAUGUGUAAUAGGGAAGGAUUCAAGGCAAAAGAUAGUAAAGAGACUAAUGACCCCUUGAGGAAAAGGCGUAAGCAGACAGAUACGCGAUGCGGUUGUGAUGCCCAUAUCUUUGUUAGACUUUGUGGGGAGAACACCUACAAGAUAGACUCACUGAUUGAGCACCAUGUUCAUGGCCUUGUAUCGCCUAAUAAGCGUCAUUUGAUCAGAUCAAAUCGUAGAGUUAGUGAGAGGGCAAAAAAUACUUUAUACACAUGUCAUAAGGCAAGUAUUGGAACGUCGCAGGCAUACAGGCUCCUGCAAGUUAGUGAGGGUGGAAUUCCGAAUGCUGGGUGCACAAAGAGGGACUUGCAGAAUUACUACCGCGGACUCAGGUAUAAAAUCAGAGAUGCAGAUGCUCAAAUGUUUGUGGCCCAAUUAGCUAGAAAGCAGGAAGUGAAUUCAGCAUUUUUCUAUGAUUUUGAGGUGAAUGAUGAGGGGGAGUUGGUGCGUGUGUUCUGGGCGGAUGCCACCAGUAGGAAGAACUAUAGUCACUUUGGUGAUGUGAUAUCCUUCGAUUCUACAUACACCACUAAUAAGUAUAACAUGAUAUUUGCACCAUUUACAGGGGUUAAUCAUCACUUACAAAGUGUCUUUUUUGGUGCUGCAUUCUUAUCAAAUGAGAAGGAUGAGUCAUACAUUUGGUUAUUUCAGACCUUCCUAACAGCAAUGGGAGGGGCAGCACCUAGACUCAUCAUAACCGAUGAAGCCACUAGCAUCAAGAAUGGUAUUGAUAAAGUUCUUCCAACAACUGUGCAUAGGUUGUGCAUGUGGCAUAUAAUGGAAAAGGUUCCUGAAAAGGUUGGACCUUCGAUUAGAGAAGAUUCUGAUUUUUGGACAAGAUUGAACUCGUGUGUUUGGGGUUCGGAAACUUCAACUGAGUUUGAGUCACAAUGGAAUUCCAUCAUUACUGAUUUUGGGUUGGAGGAAAAUGAGUGGUUGGCCAAGAGGUUUAGCAUUCGAGACACAUGGAUACCAGCGUACUUUAUGGAUAUAUCUCUAGCAGGCAUUCUUCGAACCACUUCAAGAUCAGAAAGUGCAAAUUCUUUUUUUAACCGCUUCAUUCAUCGAAGGCUCGCUUUUGUUGAGUUUUGGCUGAGGUUUGACACAACUUUAGAAUGCCAACGUGAGGAAGAAUUAAUGGCACACAACAGAAGCAUACAUACCACCCCUCAACUAUUUACACCAUGGACAAUGGAGAAACAAGGUAGUGAGGUAUUCACAUAUGAGGUGUUCGAGAAACUUCAGCUACAGAUUAUUGCUGCUAGAGACCAUUGUUUUGUUCAGAGUAUUACACAAGGUGUGGGGGUAAAAAAUGUGACCCUGAGAGGUCGGUCUGGUAAAGUUAGGGAGGUUUGCUAUGACACUACAAGCAUGACAGCAAACUGUUCGUGCAAGUUGUUUGAGUCAGUCGGUUUUCCAUGUCGCCAUAUUAUCCAAGUGUUGAGGAUUGAAAACCAAAAUGAGCUUCCCAGCCACUACAUUAUGAAAAGAUGGCAGAAGAGGUGCAAAAGGGAGAAUGUUUAUGAUGAACAGGGAAACCUACUAGAAGAAAAACCCACGGAUGCACUGGAUGCGGCCACGAGAAAGAAGAUUUCAACUGUACGCAAUAAGAUGGAAGAACUUAUUCAAAAGGCGAAGCAUUCAGAUGAAGGCAUGGACUUCUUAACAUCAAGUGUUUUGAACAUUGAGGCGCCUUUGGACCAAAUGGUCCCUGCAGCUACCCAAAGCACUAGGCAAGAGGAAUAUGAGGCUUUUAUUGGUUGCAAUAUUCCAACCGAAGUUCAUAUACAUCCGCCAAUGGAUGUUCGUACCGUGGGAAGAUGCAAAAGAAUAAAGCAAGGAAAGGAGAUUAAGGAGGGGGAUCGGAAAAAUAAGGACAAAGAAGGGAAGGUAAAGGUCGCACGCUUGUGCAAGACGUGCAAGCAAAUGGUGUUUCAUGAUAGUCGUAAUUGUCCAAGCAAAAAAGGGAAAGGGAGUGUGAUUGUGCAAGAUAUGCAGCCAAAUAGUGCUUCCUGAUACAACAAGUUGUCCAAGCAAAGAAUAAAUUUAUCUAUGUUAUCAUGUACACUUUGGUGUACUGAAUUCAUGUAAUGGAUCAGAAUUUGUGUUAUGUCAAAAAAAAAAUCUUGAUUUAUGACAA